GCAGGGAUUCCCAGCUGACCUCCCGCUUCGUUCCCUGCGGCUCCCUCCUUCUCACAUGCUCGGGCCCCCAUGGCUAACCCGGCACUCAACCACUCCUGGCCAGCCCUCUCCAAGCUGUGGCUGAAGCGCUGGGCCUUCAAGAAAGGCUCUGAGCCCAAGCCGUGUGUCCAGCCCUUUGACUCUGGAGCUGCAGCCGCAGCCCCCAAGAGCAGCCCCGGCCCCUGGAGGCCUGGGCAUCCAGACUUCUUCACCGUGGAGGAUGAGCAGGAGGAUGGUAUUCCAGGCCGGCUCAGCAAGAGCACGGAGGACCUCAGCCUGGAUCUGGGGGCCCUUCAGGACAGCGAAUAUCUCCAGGACCUGGGCCUCGGGACCUUUCCCCACAGCCAGCCUGGGGAGGGCAGGGACAGCAGCCCCCCCAGUGAAGAGGCCAGAGAAGAUUCGUGCUUCUCCAGCUCGGCAGCGUCCCAGGGCCUGCCGCGGAGACGCAGCUGGGAAAGGUCACGGAGCUGCUCAGAGAGCUGGCAGAGGCUCAGCCUCAAUGCCUCGGCCGUGGAUGAGGGACCCUGUCUCCUUCGGACCCUGGCUAGCCUUGCUCUGAACCUGCCUGAAGAGGGUCUGCAAACCUGGACUCAAGAGUGUGUGUCUGGGGGUGGGAGCCCAGCAGAGCCCCCAGGCAAGGAAUGUGACAGCCCCAAAAGAAGAGUGAGGUCACAGUCGGUACCCAUGUCCUUUGAUGCGAGCAGCUCCCUGGAAAUGUCUCGGGCUCUGGAGGUGCCCACUCCAGCUGUUCAAGGCCUGGAGCCGCCGGUGCUGGAGUGCAUGGAGCCGGACCACGUGGAGCCAGACCACGUGCUGAUGGUCCACCAGGUGCUCCAAGAACUUCGACAGUACCAUGGGGCCCGACAGAGGGCUCGCUUGUCGGUCAGCCCUGGAGGAGGCCACUCAAACCUCACCUGGUUUGAGUUUCUGUCAGAGAGCGAAGACAGUGCCGCCAAGAUCGAGAAGAGAAACAAGAGCACGAGGGUGAAGCGAAGACUGAGCUCCCUCCGCAGUCGAGUCACCAGGCAGAAGGAGAAGGGGAAGUGCCCAGUGCUUCUAAAGGACCAGGCUCAGGAUGCCCGAGAGAGGAAGGAAUGUAUCAACGGGCACCAGCUGGCUCAGGGGACCCUCUUCGGCCACUCCAGCUGCCCACUGUGUGGCCAGCCCUUUCUGAACCCUGCAUCCCUGAAGGAGCAGCUGAGGGCCACCCCCUUGUCUGAUGGCAGCCCGGCCCUAUCCAGGAAUGUCGGCAUGACGGUCUCACAGAAGGGGGGUCCACAGCCAGCACCCAGCCUGGCGGGAACCAGGACGCGCCUUGGACCAGUCACAGGAGAGAUGGAUGAAGCCGACUCUGUAUUUCUAAAAUUUAAGCAGGCAGCCGAUGACUCUCUCUCGCUUACAUCUUCAAAUACCGAGUCCAUUUUUGUAGAAGACCCCUACGCCGCCUCGCUGAGGAGUGAGAUCGAAUCAGAUGCCCACGAGUUCGAGGCAGAGUCCUGGAGCCUCUCUGUGGAUGCCGCGUUCGCAAAGAAACAAAGCAGAGAGGCGGUGAAGAGGCAGGAUGUGCUUUACGAGCUGAUGCAGACCGAAGUGCACCACGUGCGGACGCUCAAGAUCAUGCUGAAGGUCUACUCCAGGGCCCUGCAGGAGGAGCUGCAGUUCAGCAGUAAGGCCGUCAGCCGUCUCUUCCCGUGCGCUGACGACCUGCUCGAGAUGCACAGCCACUUCCUCUCUCAGCUGAAGGAGCGUCGCCAGGAAUCGCUGGAGGAGGGCAGCGACCGGAAUUACAUCAUCCAGAAAAUCGGGGACCUCCUAGUCCAGCAGUUUUCAGGUGAAAAUGGGGAGAGAAUGAAAGAAAAAUACGGGGUCUUCUGUAGUGGCCACAACGAGGCGGUCAGUCAUUACAAGUUGCUCUUGCAGCAAAACAAAAAAUUUCAAAACCUGAUCAAGAAAAUCGGCAACUUUUCCAUCGUGAGGCGGCUUGGCGUGCAAGAGUGCAUUCUGCUGGUCACUCAGCGCAUAACCAAGUACCCUGUGCUGGUGGAGCGCAUUAUUCAGAACACAGCAGCUGGCACCGAGGACUACGAGGACCUGAUGCAGGCCCUGAGCCUCAUCAAAGACAUCAUCUCACAAGUGGACGCCAUGGUCAGUGAGUGUGAGAAAGGCCAGCGCCUCAGGGAGAUCGCAGGCAAGAUGGACCUGAAGUCCUCCAGCAAGCUCAAGAACGGGCUGACCUUCCGCAAGGAGGACAUGCUACAGCGGCAGCUCCACCUGGAGGGCCCACUGUGCUGGAAGACCAUGUCAGGGCGUCUGAAAGAUGUUCUUGCUGUCCUGCUGACCGAUGUGCUUUUGCUGCUUCAAGAAAAAGACCAAAAAUACGUCUUUGCUUCUGUGGACUCGAAGCGCCCUGUCAUCUCACUGCAAAAGCUCAUUGUGAGGGAAGUCGCCAACGAGGAGAAAGCCAUGUUCCUGAUCAGUGCCUCGCGCCAAGGGCCCGAGAUGUACGAGAUCUACACCAGCUCCAAGGAGGAGAGAAACACCUGGAUGGCCCACAUCAGAAGGGCGGUGGAGAGCUGUCCGGAUGAGGAGGAGGGGCCCUUCAGUGAGGCCGAAGAGGAGAAGAAGGCAGUCGAGGCCCGCGCCAUGAGGCUUCGGGACUUCCAAGAGCGAUUGAACCUGAAAGACCAGCAGAUCGCACAGAGCCUGAGCGAGAAGCAGCAGAUCUACCUGGAGAUGGCCGAGAUGAGUGGGCUGGAGGACCUGGCUGGCUCUCGGCUCCUCUUCCGCGGAGGAGAGCCCCCCGAGAACCUGCAUGGGGAGCUGAUCCUCAAGUCGGCCAUGAGCGAGAUCGAGGACAUUCAGAACCUGAUCUGCAGGCAGCUGGGCCAGGCGGAAGACGGGGGCGGCUCUGCGGGCCUGCCUCAGUGGGCAGAGACCUUUGGAGGCUAUGACAGCGGGAGCAGCACCGGCAAGAGUGGCACUUUUAAGGUCUCCAGCAACGACCCCAGCCCCCGAGACUGGCAGGGCCCUGUGAGUGGCUUGGACUCAAAGCUCAGUGACACCCCGGAGGCCUCCGAGGAAGCCCCACAGGCGGUGGAGGCGCCGGGUAUGGAGUCUGGCUCCCGUCUGCCCCCUGCCGUGGAGUUGGAGCUUGUCCAGCGGAUCCAGACACUGUCCCACUUGCUCCUCAGCCUCCAGGCGGUCAUCGCCCAGCAGGACAGCUACGUGGAGAUGCAGAGGGCCGCCAUCCAGGAGCACGAGAAGCAGCUCCGGCUCCAGUCGACGCGCGGGAACGUGCUGCUGGAGCAGGAGCGGCAGCGCAACUUCGAGAAGCAGCGGGAGGAGCUGGUGUGCAUGCAGAAGCUGCAGGGCCAGGUGCGGCUGGAGCAGCAGCGCUGGGAGCGCGAGCGCCUGCGGCAGCAGCAGGAACUAGAGCGGGCCGCGGCCCGGCUUCAGCAGCGCGAGAGCGAGUCGCUGCAGCUGCGGGGGCGGCUGGCCCAGGAGCGGGAGGAGCUGGAGCAGCAGCGGCAGGCCUACCAGCACGACCUGGAGCGGCUGCGCGAGUCCCAGCGCGCCGUGGAGAGGGAGCGGGAGCGCCUGGAGCUGCUGCGGCGCCUCAAGAAGCAGAACACGGCCCCCGGGGCGCUGCCCCCCGAUGCGCUGGCCGAGGCCCAGCCCCCAAGCCACCCUCCCAGCUUCAACGGGGAAGGGCAGGAAGGGCCUGGAGCCCUGGCGAAAGUGCCAGGGCCCCGGGUGGGCGUGCUGCUGUCAAGCGGCGGGCCUGAGUACGCAGAGCGCCCCGAGGUGGCUCGCCGGGACAGCGCCCUGGCCGACCGGCCAGCCAAGAGCGACGUGCCCAUCCAGCUGCUCAGCGCCACCAACCAGAUCCAGAGGCAGACGGCCGUGCAACAGCAGAUCCCCACCAAGCUGGCCGCCUUCACCAAGGGCGGCAAGGACAAGGGCGGCAAGAGCAGGGUCUCCCAGCGCUGGGAGAGCGCAGGCCCCUUCGACCUGAAGCAGCAGCCGCUGCUCAACAAGCUCAUGGGCAAGGACGAGAACGCCUCUCGGAACCGCCGCUCACUGAGUCCCGUCCUGCUCAGCAGCCACAGCCCCCUGCCCGCCCCAGACCGGUGCCUCCCAGCCCUGGGCCCGAUCCCAGCUGAGGUCCUCCCCGAGUGCCUCUCCCCCAAGGCUGGCCCGUCCUUCCCUCCUGGUCGCCCAUCCGCCACACCGCUGCCCACACCACCGGACAAGGAGGAAGCCAGCAAGGAGGACGUCAUCUUCUUCUAGAGACACGGCUCGGGUGCAGAUCCCUCCCUGUACUGCCCACCCUCCAUGCUCUCUGGGGACUGCCCAGCUGUCCCUGUCCCCUCCCCAAGCAGACCACCACUGACAGCUGCCUGGCCAGGAUCGGCGUCAGGGCGGGGACAGGGCUGGCCUGUCAUCUCGAGGCCCUUUCUGUAGGAUUGGUGGUGGUACCUGGGCAACUUUCUAAACCUUUUUUUAUUUUCUAAUAUGAAAAGAAAAGUUCUUAAAGUUUGAUCCAGAGCCAAGGCAAGGAGUUGGUUUAGAAAGUCGCACCCCAUCGGGCAGGGGAGAGAUGGACUCCACACCAUUUCCAAGCAGGGACCAACGGUGGGGGUCCCACAGGAGCCUGCUGACAGGCCACUGGGAGACACCGGAGCCCACUUGGGCACCACAUGGGGUGGGUGGUGUCGGCUGUCUGUCGGUAGAAUCAGCUUCCAAAGCAGAGACCUCCACGGGCUCCUGGUGAACCCCAAGGCCAGGCAUGAGCUGAGACAAGGGGCCACACCCAGCCUGCCCAGGAGCAGAGGCCGCAGGGCAGGGCGGCUGGAGAGGGUGACCGACGGCACUCCAGGCGGGUUCUGCAGGCCAGAUGCUCAUCCCGGCAGGGGCUCACCACAACUGUGUUAAUUGGGUGGAGGUAUGUGAAGCCUGCCGUUGCCAAACUCGGUGCUUCCUGAGGCGCCUCACCAAGUCAGCAAGGCUCUGGGGGCCUCGCAGGCACCAUCGUCCUCCAGGCGCUCGGCCUGGCAGGGAAGGCGACCCAGAGCCUCAGCCAGGGCCACCGAGGGUGCUGGCCCCAGACAGAGGACCCUCAGCCCUGCAAGAUGGGAGGAAGCCCCCAGGGCAAGUGUCCCUCCCCAGUGGGCAGAUGCGUUCAACGCAGAGCAGACCAGUGGUGCCACUACGUGCAGGCAGACAAGGGUGAAAUGCUGUCGGGGUCCCACGUGGCCUGGGGACCUCAAAUGGACAGAGGGCCACCCCACUGGUGCCUCACAUCCAGUGAGCUUACUGUCGACUUCCCCUGGCAUUGAGUGAGGGCACCCCUCUGGCUGUGCAGCUGUAUUUUGGGGAUAGUGUCAGAGGUUGAACACUGACCAAGCUCAAGCAUGGGUGCCAUUUCUGCCCCCCCACUGACCAGGCGCCCCAAGCCCCCUGCAGCCUUGUUGCGAGGACUGGGUCCCGGGCUGGCUGGGCGCAGGGGUACUAGCGCCUUCCGUCCUCCCUCAGCCCCGCCACAUCAGAGCUCCUCCGUGCCAAGUCUGUCAUCAGUGUUCUGUGUUUUUGUACCGAGACGUUUCAGAGCACUUCAGGAAAGGUGACUUAAGUUCCUGUCCUGUUGCAAAGAGAACAUUCCGGGGCCCCAUGCUGCGUGAUCUUGAGACGGCCACGGACCCCCACCCGUGUGCUCUGUCUGGUCUGACCCUCGGACGAUGAGAAGCUGCGGAGGUUUUGCUGGGCCCUGCUUCCUGCCAUGCAGCCAAGGGUGUUCUCAGUUGUGCCACGCAGUGGGGCAGCGGCGUCGGUUCACCUCACGCCAGCACCCAGACGUUGUCCCUGGGUAGAGCCCAGUUUUAUGUGUAAAGUUGGUGGCCGUGGCCGAGCAAAUAUUCUUGUUUCUGUGGGGCCAGCGCAUGUCUGUGUUAAUUGUGACCGUGACCCUCGUCUUCCGUCGUCACAGUGAUUGCAGCAUUUCCUCACUGCGGGUUUUUUCAGAACCACCUUAGAAUUUAAGACCUGAUUCUAGCAAUAAAGGUGUCGAAGAUGA